CAUAUUUUAGGUGAUGUCUUAUGAGCUGAAUAGUUGUGAAUGAGCUUCAUUUUAUUUGAAUGUACAAGGUGUCAUCGUUUGCCAUUGUUCGUUAAGUAUUUUGAUGAGGCAUGUCGCGGAAUAGGAAAGAUGUAGUGACUCUGUUCGACGUAUUCUGUGAAGUUGGAGCAACGUUGGAUGGUGGGGUAGCUGUUAUCCUUCAGAAAUAUCCUGAUGAUUUCAAUCAUGAACAAACACUGAAGUCUAUAGCUGAAUUUAGCUUUCCUUGUGGCGUCGAUGACUAUAACAUGGAAGCAGUACAACUGUUUUCAUUUGUUUUAACAGAUGAAAAAUCGCAAUACACGUAUGCUUUUUGUCGAUAUACACCACACAAUAAUACAUGUAUUUGCAUUAUCAGCGGUCUUCCAUGGGCCAGUGUUUUCUACAAAAUUCUUAAUCACAUAUCAGCAGUGAUGAACAACAGACCGACAAAUGAAUUGGAUUCUUUCCUGACGUGUGCUUACCAUACACCUAUUCCUGGUCCUGGCGAAAGUUUACGUAUCGAAUCUAGUCUUGGUGUAAAUAAACUACAAAUAAUUGUGCCAGAUAGCGGUAGAUUGCCCACUUUGAAAGAGGAUAAAUUUAUGCUUGAAUUUUACAACGCCAUAUCAGAAAAGCAAAUGAUCGCACUGUAUGCGAGCUUAUUGAAGGAACGGCGCAUUUUAUUUACGAGUCCGAAAUUAAGUCAACUUUCAUCGUGUAUAUUUGCUGCUGCUGCGUUGCUUUAUCCAAUGCAUUGGCAAAACCUUUUCAUUCCUGUACUUCCUGUUAGUCUAGUUGAUAUGCUCAUGGCGCCAAUGCCGUAUCUUAUAGGUGUGCCAAAGAAAACUUUACAGUCUGUGAAACAGCUUGAACUCGGCGAUGUGAUGGUCAUCGAUUUGGAGGAACGUACACUGCAAUGUGCUCAUAACGAUGUACUUGAUUUGCCGGCUGAAGCAUUGAAUAUCCUUCGACAUCAUUUACAUUCAUCCUCCAAUAUGUUCUUUUCCGAUGGAUUAGCUCGUUCUUUCCUGAGGACAAACGUUUUUCUUUUUGGUGGUUACCAUAAAGGAUUGUCAUGCUCAUCGUAUUCUUUUUCAUGGGAUCGCCAAAAAUUUAUUCAAAAUCAGAAACCUGGUCUUCAGGCUUAUUUGCGAUCCCUGCUUGGACAAGAUGGUGUACAGUAUCUUGAACGGUUUAUCGAUGAAAGGAUUGCAGCGCUGAACUCUGGAGCACCAAUUGACGAUGAAUUUGAAAAAGAGAUUCGUGUUAAUGAAAUGAAAUCAUCGAAGACAUCACAUCUGGUUCGAGAAAAUGCAAAUGAUGUAAUUGGUCUAUUGAAGGAUAAAGUUCACUCCAUUGCGCUGAAAGAGCGUUUGGGUCGUUUAACCCCAAAAGAAAUUCGACGGGUUUCUUCUAGAAAAUCACAUCCUUUUUAUGAUGAUGGAAAGCUUUCAUUCGACACACAGCAGUGGAUGACCGAAAAUAAGGUGGAACCUGAUGAUGAGACCACGUCAUCAGUAGUUGAAGAAACAACGGAUCUGAUCGAUCUUAGCGAUAACUUAUUACCAUCAACAUCGAAUCAUAAAGCUGAUGGCCCAGCACGACCACCCUGUACUUCAGGAACAGCAGCGAAACUUACAAAUACUCCCCCACAUCACUCCUCACUACAAUUCCUGAAUUUUGAUCCAUUCGCAUCACUGCCAUCUGCUACUUCCUCACCACCAAGUCCGGUUAACUGCAGUGUUCCCAGAGACCGUUGGCAACGUUUUGAUUGAUCCUACUCGCAAUUUAUUCGUUCAUCUUUUUCCUUUCAGUCGUGCAAUACGGACUCUGCUAUUUUAUCAUUUUAUACUUUGUUCAGGAAUUGUUUUAAGAAAUAACCACGUUGACGACCGAUUACAUUCAUUUUUGGUAUGGAAUUUUAACUCCCACCCAAUAUUGUGUCAGUGGUUCAACAUUUGAUUACACGUAAAAUCCUGGCUACCCUUUCCUGUACUCAUUUACCACUUUUUCUGUUUUCCUAUUUUCAUUUUCCAUAUGAAGACUCAGUAAAAUAAUAUAUUUUUAUAUAUUUUCUAUUUUCAUAAAUCUAAGCACACCAACAAUGUGUAGUCUGGGGUGUUGGUGUUUGGGCACGUACAAUGUUAGGCGUGUUAGGCCUUUGUAGAAUGAAACUAUAGGAUAGCAAAAUGAUGUAUGUAAUACGAAUAAUACAAAUCUUGGAUUAACA